AUGGAUCUACUUACUGAACUCGAGAACCUAGCCCUCGGGGCUGAGAAUGAGAACAGCACUCUCAAGACCAGACUGAUCAAUACCCACAGACCCACUACUCAGCUCAAGGCACGGAAGCGAGACUACACAACGACCUAUCUCGUGAAACUCGAAGGGCCACUCGUCAGAGAGCUCGGCGAAGCCAGUUUCUGUCUUAUAAACGGCAAUACAAGGCUGGCGAUUCUCUCAGCACUAUCUGACUAUUCACCAACGUUUAUUCGAGUUAAUCUGGCAGAUAAACGCCUCUCCAACUACAGCAUGUCACCGUAUCUUGGCUCCGAUAUUGAUCCCACGCUUCCUCAUCAUCGAGCGCAAUGUAUGGAUCAAAUGUUCCUUCCUGCUCAGAACCAGUACCCCGUUUGGUACUUCUUUUAUGGGACACUUAUCGACCCUGAGACCCUUGCGCAAAAGAUCUCUCUCUCGGAAUUACCGGUUCUGCGACAAGCUGCUGUUAAAGGAGGUAAAAUUAAGAUGUGGGGUGGAAAAUAUAAAGCUCUUGUAGAUGGUCCCUCCUCGGCGAUUGUUGAUGGGUGGGCAUAUGAAGUUAGUUCGGAGGGGGAGGAACAGCUCCGGUACUAUGAGACUGACCAGUAUGAGGUUGUAAGGUGCGAAAUACAUAUGGUGGACAGUGGAGAGGUUGUCAAGGGUCUCACCUUCAGAUUCAUUGACGAUUGA